AUGACUGAAUUAGGCCUUUAUUAAAGUUAAAAUUUCUUAAAUGAGUAGACACCAUAAGACUUAAAAUACAAUUAAUUGCCUUCUCCUUUUUCUAACUAGAGAUAGCUCAAGAUGAAUAAAAUAAGAGUAAUUAAUAAAUAUUAGAAUAAUCCUUAUAAUUCAGGAGGCACUAAGAUAAAAGUGAAUGAAUCUAUGUAAUAUGCUUAAGGAAAUAUGAAUAGCAAUAGAAAAUAGAACUCGAAUUCUCCAUUUAGAUUAAUAAACUCUAAUUCAAAUAGAAAUAAUGUUUAAGUAAGAGAUUCGCAACUAGGUGUGUAAAAUGAUUAAGAAAUAUUGUAAAAUGGAUUAGAAAAUAAUGGUUAAAUAAAAUAAACAGCAUAAUUUUACACCUAAAAAACGAGCCCAAGGAUAACAAAUAAAGGAAACAAUACUAAAUAUCAAUCUAAAUUGCAUGAUAUUUUUCACUUGUAUAAUAUCAAUUUACAAAGUUAGCAAUUUCCUUAGUACCAAAUGCAACUUUAAUAAAAUAAAUACUAACAUAGAGUGAAUGUAUAAUCAUCGCUAGGGUCUAAUAAUUACUCUACAACAGCAAGUCUAAACCAAAAUUAUGCAAAUAUAAAUUAGAACACUUAUGACCCCUAAAUAUAAAACCAUACAACAUAACAAGAUCUAUAAUAGUACAAAUAAUCUUUAGAAUAAAUUACUGAAAGCGGAGUUGAAUCAACUAACCCUACUCAAGCAAAUAUUCCUUUAAUAAGUCCAGAUUUUGAGAAAAUCGAAAAGCGAGAAAAAGUACCUUCCAAUAUAUAAUAAAUGAUAAUUAAAUAACAAAUUAAAACAAGAUCAUCAUCAAGAAAAAAAGGCAGGAAUAUUGCUUCCAGCUCUCUAGGAAAGCAAUAAAAGCUUAUCUACAUACCAUAUGCAUAAAAACCUCCUACAACUUAACCUUCUUCAAAUAGAUACAUAUAAAAUUUGAACAUAAACAACCUAGUUAGUAACUACAGCUAAAAAAAUAAUAGAGUAGUGAGAUAUCAGACAGAGAUUAAUUACACCGAUAAUGGGCUUGAUAAAUCUACUUAGAAUAUGAGCUGCCUCAAUACUAGAAUUAAAACACCUGAUCAGUUAUAAUAAAGAAGAGAUAGUAUGGAGAGCAUCGUUAUGGGUUAAGAAUAAAUUAGUAACACAAGCUAAAUUAUACAUACAAACAAUAGUAUUCUAAAUACUAAUUAAAAUAUGAAUACAAUAAAAAGCUUAGGAGGAUAACCUCAAACAAUAAAUAACAUAAAUAGUUCAUAAAUUUUGAAUCAAAAUAGUGCAAAUUAAUCUUUUAAUACAAUUUCAAUUAAUCAAAAUCCUAAUUCUUUGAAUAACUCUCCUUAAAGAAUAAGAGGAUACACUAAAUACUAAAACCCUUCUAUAAUAAAAUUUAACAAUAACAACAGUAAUAAUAGCUUGGUAUAUUAAAAUGACCAAUCACCUAUUUAGCAUUAUAAUGAAGGCAUAUGCUUUAACUCUUAAACUAAUAUGUUUCUACCAUCUCAUAGAUCAGAAAGAAAUGAUACUAGCCCAAUAUCUUGUAAUAAUUUGGGUGGAAUGUCAGGUUCAAAUGCAUCUUGUAGAACUCCUUAAACUUAAAUAUCAGGAAUGACACCUAUAAAUUCAACUAAAAAUUAUCAUUUUUCCCAACCACACAGUAAUAAUCAUGAUAAACCUAAAUCAGCCUUGAGUUUCUAUAAAGUCAAGUCUAUAAAUUAAUAAGAAACUGUGAAGAGGAAUUAAAUGACGAUGGAUUAGUUUUAAAUAUUAGACACAUUAGGCAAAGGCUCUUACGCUUAAGUUAAAUUAGCUAUAGAUAAAAGAACUAAUUAAAAGAUAGCUAUUAAGAUUUAUGAAAAAUUUAAAUUGACAGAUCCAAAUAAAUUCAAAAACGUCAGAAGAGAAAUCAACAUUCUCUCUAAAAUGACUCAUGAAAAUAUAAUAAGACUUUAUCAUGUGAUUGACACUGUUUCUAGUUUAAAUUUAGUCAUGGAGUACAUAGGCAAUAACAGUUUAUACAAUUAUCUAAGAGCAAAGAGGAAAAAUUAGCUUGAGAUGAAUUAAAUAAGAAAAAUUUUUAUAUAGAUAAUAUCAGGAAUACAAUAUAUGCACAAUAAAAAUGUUUGUCACAGAGAUAUAAAGCUUGAGAAUAUUUUGAUAGAUGAUGAUUUAAACUUAAAGAUUAUUGAUUUUGGUUUUGCCGUUGUUUCACCAAUAGAAAGAAAGUUAGAUUCCUUUUGCGGUACUCCUUCUUACAUGUCUCCUGAAAUUGUCCUUAAAAAAGAAUAUAUUGGGUAGUAUGUUGAUAUUUGGACCUGUGGAAUUGUUCUCUAUAUCUUGAUUUGUGGUAAAUUCCCAUUUAAAGGGGCAGAUGAAAAAGAGCUCUAUCGAAAGAUUAGUAAGCAUUAAUAUGAAAUACCUUCGUUUGUUGAGAGAGGAGCUCGGUCAUUAAUUUAAAGACUCCUCUCAUUCAACCCAGAAGAUAGACCAUCUUGUUUAGAAAUUUUAAAAGAUAAAUGGCUAACUUCUUUUGAUGAAACAGUUAAUUGUAAUGAAUAGUAAAUAACAGUAUAAAAUUAAUAAGAUGAAGAAAUUAUUUUAGAAUAAAAAGAGGAUUCUGUAAAUACAAAAUAAAAGAGCAAUAAUUAAGAUUGA